AUGUGCGCAGAGCAGAGAUGAUUUCAAAUUUGCCUGUCAUUUUUACAAAGAUCCAUCCAAAACUCACUUCAUGAAAAUUACUUAUGCUGCACUGAAAUAGCAUGUAAGUCUAUGGAAAUUACGUCAAGUGUCCGAAUACUUUUUGCGCGGGUCUGUAAUUACCGUUAUACGCAUCUGGACACACCAUGACGGUGAUUAAACUCUACCUAGGAUUUAAACAAAUAAAUAUUGAAAAAAAUCCUAUUGGAAAGGCAGCAGCCUGUCUACACACAAUGUUGCUGUUCAUCUGGUUGUCCCAUUAUAUAUACAGGCUAACGCUGCACCUGAGUGGAAGUUUUGUGGACAAGAGAUUCUAAUUCAGGGUCGAGAGAUUUGUCAUAGAUGGAAUGAUGGCAGAGGUUGAAUUCCACAUCACAAAUGUGAAACGAAAUGGAAACAAUCAAAAAUCAAUUAUCUCAUUUACGCUGGAUCAAGCAGAGAAUGCUAUCUCUCAACACUUUGAUAUUCCACUCGGGUUUCAGACCCAACUAUAUUCGGAUAAGUAUUCUGAUUGGGUAGACAUUUCCUUAAAUGAUCCAAAAUUGCAAGGGGGAGGUAAGCUAAGGGUGAUGAGUACUCGGAAAGCUGUUGAUGUCAGCGAGAGAGGUGACAACCCUCUGUGUACGACAGCUGGCCCACAAGAGGUUCCAACCGUUAUGAACGAGACACCAGCGACCUGCACAUGUACGAUCAAGACAUCUGUGAGUACCACGAACAUUCAAACAUCGCCAUGGCAGUCACCCUAUACACUGCCGGCAGCCCUUCCAAGAGGUGCGGUUGACGUUUUGGAUAAUGGCGGCUUCCCAAACCAGGGUUCAAGAAGCCACCUUCUCGACUCCAUUUACAACGAUGUGUCUGUGAAGUACACACUAUAUCCUCUGUCAUAUCAAUAUAAUGAAAUGAUCGACGCCAUAUUUCAAAGAUGGCCUCAUUUGAUGACCGAAGACGGUUUAGAAGGUAGCAGCACUAGAGUGCUCUGGAGAGCGAGGAUCCGUGACAAAUUUAUCAACAACCGACGAAGAAAGGAUUCAAAUGUGACGUGUGUUCAGCAACGCAAACGUAAGUCUGCGAACAAAGUUGUGCUUGAAGAACCCUCUCCUUCUAAACAACCCAAGAUGUCCCUGCCUGUUGGAGAAGAUGACCACAGCAUCCAUAGACAUAUACAGUGGAUGAAGCAGGAAGCCAGAGCACGAAAACCUGAUCGCUCCAAGAUAUCGCUACUCAUGAAACUCACUUUCAGUACCAGAAGAAAAAUGGUCACAUCAGGGGGAGCAACUGUAAAAGAAAUUCUCGACGAAUACCCUUGGCUUGCUAAUGAGGAUGAGGUAUAUAUGAACUCUACAUGA